AUGCCCACUCAUCCUGAUUCCGAUAUCUACCCCGAGGCUACUGGUCAGGCCAAGACCCUGGUUGACCAGCAUCGUACGGAACAGCCACUUAAGUUAUAUGCGGGGUGGUUUUGCCCGUCACGAGUAUGGCUCGCUCUCGAAGAGAAGCAGAUCCCCUACGAGUACAUAGAGGUCAAUCCUUAUAACAAACCCUCUUCGCUUCUCUCUCUCAAUCCACGGGGCCUUGUGCCGACUCUUUCAUGCCCUACCGAAUCGGGCCCCCGGCCGCUUUACGAGUCUACUGUGAUUCUGGAGUAUCUGGAGGAAGCAUACCCGCAGCACCAACCUCGCUUUCUUCCUGAGAACUCUUAUGAUCGUGCCCGUGCCCGAAUCUGGAUUGACUAUGUCACAUCUCGUAUUAUUCCGUCGUUUCAUCGAUUCCUGCAGCAUCAGCUAGUUGAUGGUGCGGGGAAUGCCGAGAACGAUGCGGGGCUGGAAAGAGCACGACAGGAUUUCUUGAACCACCUCAAGACGUGGACAAAAGAAAUGCAUCCCGAAGGACCUUACUUCCUUGGCUCCGAAAUCAGCCUACCAGAUCUAGUACUAGCGCCUUGGGCGGUGCGACUGUGGGCAUUUGAUGAGUUCAAGAAUGGUGGAUUAGGUAUCCCUGCCAAGGGAAUGGGCGGAUCUGAGGAGGCUGUCUGGAACCGUUGGAGAAAAUGGAUUGUCGCUAUCGAAGAUCGGAAGAGCGUCAGGGAGACGACGAGUGAGAAGGAGCAUUAUCUCCCUAUCUAUAAGCGCUAUGCGGACAAUACGGCGCAGAGUGAGCUGGCAAAAGCGACCAGGGCAGGCCGUGGAGUUCCAUAG